AGAUCAAUAACGUCAUACAGGUGUCGCUGGAACCUUAUCCUUAAGGCUACGUGCCAAUGCUAUAGAAUCAGCUUAAUGAGCUCAACGCCCAAGAUUACGUGCGCCUGGCAACCGAUCUGACAUAAGGUAUUGUGCUUCCGCAAACCUUGGAACUUUACACAUCUCCCCUUUGCCCACCUCGGCCGAUUCGGCCUCAUGGAGACCGAGACAUUCGCAACGCUAGUGCAAGUCCUGCAAAUCACCGUAGCAACCUCUUUGAUCUUUAUCGGUGGUCUCUCAUCCUGCCUCUCGCUCUGGGUGCUCCCCCUAACGAAAUUGCUCCCGCCGGCCCUUGCCUGUGCUCAAUUCAUUCAAACAGUGACAUGGGGCCUGCAAUAUCUCCAGCCUUCAUCUCGCAUCCUCGGAAUUUCACUCCUGACCACCGCGCUCCUGACUUCCUAUCUGCCCGAUCCGGCGCAAGCCGAGCAGUGGAAAACGUGGGCGGUAGCGCUUGCGAUCCUUGCGCCAGUCGCGCCGUACGAAGUGUAUUGUAUCUUCCCAAUCAAUGACCGGGUGAGCGAGAUCAGGGAGGAGGUUGAGCGAGGUGCGAACGAAGAAAAGGCGAAGAAAGAGCUGAAGGCGUUGUUUUCGAAGUGGCAGUUUAGGAACUACGGGCGAGUUGGGAUUCCGCUUGUUGCGGGAAUUGUGGGAUGGUAUGGUAUUACUAGGCGCUGAGGAGAAGAUGGAUGCUUAGGGUAGUGAAUGGGAGUCGAAUCUAAUGCAUUUUUUUG